AUGGCGGAAAGUCACGAUGGCGAGGGCGGGGCAUGGGGUUACAGUCGCGUCGAUGGCGGGGAUGUUCCAUCUAGCUCGAUCCACAAUUCGAAUCGAGUUAACACGACACCCGCAAUGUACAAGUACAAUGAGGCAUCUCUCCAGAAUCAAUAUGCACAGGCGCCUCCCACAUUCGCAGCGCAGCAAUCUACGAUGCAGCACAGUCAUUACGCAAUACCAGCAGCGUCGAAUGUCAACUUUGCGCCCCAGAUAACUCAGAAUUAUCCAACCAUUGCGCAAGGAUAUCCCGCGAUGGCAUCCGGACACGUCCAGGAGACGCUGCCGGUGCAGACAUAUUCUUAUCAUCCGCCACCAGCCACCCUUGUCAGUCCACCCCACGUGCCACAGCCUAAACCCACAAGCAACCAUAUACUGUGCAGAUGGCGCCAAUGCGGCCUUGUUCUCGACGACCUAGAACCUUCGGGUAUCGCCCGCCACCUAAAGGAGUACCAUUUCGAUGAUCUCUCUGGCGCGAACCCCUGGCAUAAUAAGAACCGCGGGUUGUGCGAGUGGUGGGAUUGGGACGGCGAAUGUCGUAGAGACAUGAACUAUGCGAGCUUCGCCAAACAUAUCGCAUCCGUACACCUUCGCAGUACUGCAGCACGUUGCCCGUAUUGCCAACAUGAACUAGGUCGGCGCGAUUCACUCGAACGACACAUCAAGAAUUAUUGCUCGCAACGCCCGCAGUGUCCUCCCUUCGAUGACUGCUGUGAAUUUAGUGUCCGCCAGCAAGAACACAGCCCGUGCUGCGUAGAUACAGGUCUGCCGCCGAUGCAAGCCACAGAAGCGAACGGCGGCGAUGAUCGCACAUUCAAUUAUCAGAUCUUUGCCCUGACAGGACCCGUCGGUAGUGCGAGGGGAAGCGAUCUUAUUUUGCAAUUGCACGCGUGGCUCCGCGGCAUAUAG